UUCUUCAUCAACAUUCAGUAAUACACACGACAGUUCAAACCUGAAACCAAGAUCCCACGACAGACAGAGAGAGAAGAAGAAAAAUGGGGAAGAAAAUGUUAAAGAUGGGAUUGAUUUGGUUAAUCUGGGCAAGUAAUCUAUGGCAAUUGGGUACGUCAAUUUGGUUGAAUCUACCACCAUCUGGCACCAAAUGUGUUUCUGAAGAAAUUCAGACUAACGUCGUCGUUUUAUCCGAUUACUAUGUCAUUUCCGAUGAUCACACCUCCCAUGAGCCCACCAUUACUGUCAAGGUAACAUCACCGUAUGGCAACGACCUUCACUCCAAGGAAAAUGUUACACAUGGUCAAUUUGCAUUUACUACACACGAGGCUGGUAACUAUUUGGCUUGUUUCUCUGUGGUUGAACAUAACGCAAAAGGUGCAGAAGUGAGUGUCAAUCUCGACUGGAGAACUGGAGUUGCUGCAAAGGAUUGGGAGUCAGUUGCAAGGAAAGAGCAUAUUGAGGGUGUUGAGCUCGAACUAAGGAAACUCGAGGGAGCUGUGGAAGCCAUACACGAGAAUCUACUGUAUCUGAGGAACAGGGAAGCUGAAAUGAGGAUAGUGAGUGAAAAGACGAAUACGAGAGUGGCAAUGUUCAGUAUAAUGUCUUUAGCAGUUUGCAUUACAGUUUCCAGCUUCCAGUUAUUGUACUUGAAGCGUUACUUUCAAAAGAAGAAGCUAAUCUAGAUGUUUACCAUUGUAGAAGAUGAAUGAAUGAUGGUAACAGGAACACGUUCUGAAACUUCGAAAUUUUGUUUAAAAAUGGCUUGUUUUCUAAUGUUAUGAAAACCCCUGCUCCCUCUUAAUACAUUAUACUCUAGUUUAACCCUUCUUCUUCGUACACACCGAAUUUUCCAGUUCUCAAUUUAAGUUAUAUAUACCAGUUUGCUUAGAUGUUUUGUAACACACCAUUAUGGUGUUAGUCAUUUUUGUACGUGUAUACUCCCUACGUUUGCAAGUAAUUGAAACACUGCCUUCGUAGUUCG